CGAUGACUUGCUCUUCGCCCUACAACCCGUUUAACAAUCUCACCGUCACUUCGGCUUUUAGAUUUUUUGAUUCUUGUAGCUUCUCUCGAUAGCGAAUCGAAUUCGGAAGGCUUUCGUUCUUCAGAAAUUGUUAGCUCUAUUCUGCUGGUAAUUCUGCUUGCAUAAUGGCGGAAGAGGUGGAGUAUCGCUGUUUUAUUGGCGGCCUUUCUUGGUCAACAUCUGACAGAGGUUUGAAAGAUGCGUUUGAAAAGUUUGGCCAUCUUCUCGAGGCCAAGGUAGUUGUUGACAAGUUUUCUGGACGUUCUCGUGGUUUUGGAUUUGUCACUUUUGAUGAGAAAAAAGCUAUGGAAGAGGCAAUCAAAGGCAUGAAUGGAAUUGAUUUAGAUGGCCGGACUAUUACAGUUGAUAAGGCUCAGCCAAACCAAGGUUCAGGUAGAGAUCAUGAUGGUGAUCGUCCACGUGGUCGUGAUCGAGGUCGAGAUCUUGGAGCUGGACGUGGAUCUAACGGUGGAGAUUGCUUUAAAUGCGGGAAGCCUGGACAUUUUGCCAGGGAAUGUCCCAGUGAAGGUGGUAGAGGAGGUAGAUAUGGAAGUAGGGAUGACAGAUAUGGUAGUGGUGGUGGUGGCAGUGGACGAUAUGGUCCAGAUAGAAAUGGAGAUAGAUCUGGUGGGCGCAAUCGGGGUACUGGUGAUCGAGGAGGUUCAGGAAAUGAUCGAUAUAGUCGUGACCGCUCUGGGCCAUAUGAGCGACGUGGUUCUCGUUCUGGAUAGAAUUGUGACUUAACUGUUGGGUUUGUAGUCAUCUUAACUUCACUGGUUCUUAUAGCUGCCUCGUACUGAUUACUCGUGUUGUUUCCACAUUAAGUGAAGCUCAUAUGGUGGGGUCUUGCUGUUAUUGUUUCUUUCUACAGAUUGUCUCUCUUACAGUUCAGAGUUCUGAAGAGCAGAAUUUGACGUUAAUAUUGAGAUGUUUGUGUUCCUAUGUGAUGAAUUUGGUAUCAUGGUACAGUGGUGUGGUAUCUAAUGUGUUCUUGACAUAUUCAUUCAAAUCUGGUUUUAUGGUCUUUGA